AUAAAAUGUAAUAUGUUGGAUAAUAGUAAGAAUAUGCUAUCAACACAAACAAAGUUAUAGGUAAAGGUAAUUACGGAUAGGUUUAUGAAUGUUAUUAUAAAGGAUCUCUCUAACCAUUAUGCGCCAAGGUAUAUCAUAUAUGAUCUUAAUAGGUUUUAACAAUUUAUAAAGACAACAAAAUUAAAGUCUAAGAGAAAGACAUGGAUAGAGAAAAACAAAUAACAGAGAUUAUUAAGAAAAAUUAAUUAAAUCCUAAUCUUGUAAAAAUUCAUUAUGUAGAACAUGAUAAAGUAAAAUCUUACCUAAUAAUAAUUAUGGAAAAAUGUUUUUCUAGUCUUUAAUAGGAAUGGAAUGAAAAAAAUAUUUAUUAAGAUUUUGAAAUUUUCGAUUUUAUAAAAUAAUUUGUAAAUGGAUAUAAAGCUCUCUUUGAUGCAAACAUUAUACAUAGAGAUAUUAAACCAGAAAAUAUUUUAAUCUAAUAAAUCGGUUAGUAAAAAUUCUAUAGAUUGGCUGAUUUUGGAGUAGGAAGAAUCUAUAAAUUAAAUGAUUUUAAGUUAACAAAAUUAGGAACACCUGCUUUUGCUUCUCCAGAAUUAAAUUCUUUAAUUAUGGACGAGGAACUAGAUCAUAAAUUUUCAACAAUGAAGAAAUAGAAAAGUGUCGUCGAUAUUUAUUCUGUAUUUAUUUGCUACUUAAUUAGCUUGGUAUAAUAUUGCAUAUGAUGAUAACUGGAGGAUAUCCAUUUAGUCUUGAUUAAGCUGGCAUUAUUAAAUUUAUUAAAGAAAUUAAAACCACUCCAUAUAAAUUUAAAACAUGCUUUAAUUCAAGAUUUACUUAAUUGGUUGAAAGGAUGAUAGUCUAUGAUCCCACUAAAAGAUUGACAUUUUAAGAGCUCCUUGAAGAAAUCAACAGACUAACAAUACCUAUAAAAUCUAUAUCACCUAUACAACCUAUACAACCUAUACAACCUAUACAACCUAUACAACCUAUACAACCUAUACAACCUAUACAACCUAUACAACCUAUACCACCUUAUGUUCCUGUCGAACCAUUUAUUUUUCGUUCAACAAUAUAACAGGUAAAUGUAAAGGAUGAAAUUUGUAACUACUUUAGAAAAUUCUUGUAUGUAUAUUUAAUUAUUUCAGGAAUAUGCACAGAAAAAUUUUAAAUUAAUAACACAUAGAAACAAUAUCAAAAUUCCUACUUGGAAAUUAUUAAUUAAUAAAUGAGAUUGGAAAAUUAUAUGAUAAUUUUGACAAAAAUACUGCAUACUCUGAUGAGGAUGUUAACUUUUAUUACUGUUUAAAAUAUGCUUAAAAAUCUGUAUUAUAAGUUGCUAAAAAAUCAAAAUAGGAGCAAAUAUAAGAUUUAUGUAGUUGA